UAGUGAGGGAGUGUCAGUCCAGUCCAGUCAGACGGAGUGAGUGAGCGAUCCUACAGUCCAGCAGACAAACGAGAAGAGGAAAAAGUGAUCCAAGGAAACCCCAAAGCUCCUCUUUGACCAGCAGAGAGGGACAGAGAGAGAGAGAGAAGGACCCAGGGGAACAAGAGGAAGAAGGAGAGAAAGAGACAGCACUGCAGUGGACACUUGUGAGUGGGAGCUAAAAAAGCAACUGGGAGAAACUCUUUUCCCAAACGGACACUGCAGAGCGCGAACACACACACACACACACACUUCGGCUGCCUGUGCUGUGAUUCUCAUUAGCUUCUGGUGGCAGUGAUUGAGUGUGUGUGUGAGCAAGGCUGAGAGCGUGUGAGAGUGUGUGUGUGUGUGAGAGAGAGAGAGAGGGAGAGUGUAUGCGUGCGUGUGUGUGUGAGAGCCGGCUGCUCCACUGGAGUCCACGGGACCAUGGCACCUGGCAAAAAGCGGCAAAGCUGAGGACACACUCCCACACACACACACACACACACACACUUCACAAGAGGAGCAGAGGACUGGAGAACGGAAAAAGAGCAAAGGGUACCAGUACUUUGAGUGCUCACGUGUAAACACCUCACUGUAACUGAGGAGACAUCGGAGGACAGACAGCCAGCACGGGCUGUGAUUGGACGGCUUCAAGAUGAUGACCAUGAUGAUGAUGAUGCUCAUGAUGAUGAUGACGACGGUGAUGAUGAUGAUGGUGUUUGGAUCACUGCUGCUGGUACAGGCCUCAUCUUCAUCCCCACCCUCCACCUCCGCCUCGGCCCCACGCAUGAAGCUCUCAUACAGAGAACUUCAGCAGCUAAACGGAGUGCGGCGGUAUGACCUUGACCGCUCCUGCUGCUUCGGGACGCUGCUGUUGGACGAGGAGCGUGGCCGACUGUUUGUGGGAGCGCGCAACUUCCUGCUCUCGCUCAACCUGGAGAACAUCAGCAAGCAGGAACACAAGAUCUACUGGCCAGCCCCUGUGGAGUGGAGGGAGGAGUGCAAUUGGGCGGGAAAAGACAUCAACACUGACUGUGUGAACUAUGUGAAAGUUCUGCACCAUUUUAACCGCACACACCUGUAUGCCUGUGGCACUGGGGCCUUCCAUCCAGCCUGCAUCCACGUAGAGGUGGGCCAAAGGAUGGAGGACCAUGUUUUCCGGAUUGACCAAUCUAAAGUUGAGGAUGGGAAGGGGAGGAGCCCAUAUGACCCUCGCCAUACAGCUGCUUCAGUUCUGAUUGAGGAUGAGCUGUAUGCUGGAGUGGCCACUGAUCUGAUGGGGCGGGACUUCACCAUCUUCCGCAGUCUGGGCCGAAAACCAUCCAUCCGCACCGAGCAGCAUGACUCGCGCUGGCUCAAUGAGCCCAAGUUUGUGGGGGCCUCCUGGGUCCCCGAGAGUGAGAACGAGGAUGAUGACAAGAUCUUCUUCUUCUUCCGGGAGACGGCGGUGGAGGCGCAGGGCUUUGGGAAGGUCACCUACGCUCGGAUUGGUCAGCUGUGCCGAAAUGACAUGGGAGGCCAGCGCAGCCUUGUGAAUAAGUGGGCGACAUUCUUGAAGACUCGGCUUGUGUGCUCAGUGCCAGGAAGUGAUGGCAGCGAGACCCACUUCGAUGAACUCCGUGAUGUCUUCCUGCUACAGACCCGAGACAGGAAGAACCCACUUUUCUACACCAUCUUCACCACCUCCAGUAGUGUGUUUCGGGGGUCAGCCGUGUGUGUGUACACCAUGAGUGACAUCAGACGGGCCUUCCUGGGGCCCUUCGCCCACAAAGAGGGGCCAAACUACCAGUGGGUCCCCUACCAGGGCAAGGUCCCCUACCCACGACCAGGCAUGUGUCCCAGCAGGACCUACGGAAGCUUUGAGUCCACUAAGGGCUUCCCCGACAGCGUUAUCCAGUUUGCCCGGCACCACCCGCUCAUGUUUAACCCUGUGACCCCACUGGGUGGCCGCCCCGUCUUCCUGAGCACCUCGCCAGAACACAGCUUCACUCAGAUCACCGUGGACCGCGUCAACGCGGCCGACGGCCAGUACGACGUCAUGUUCAUCGGCACAGAUGUGGGCGCGGUGCUGAAGGUGAUCUCGGUGCCCAACAAGAAAAGCAACACAGCUCUGCUGCUGGAGGAACUCCAAGUGUUCAAGGACUCCUCAUCCAUCAUUAACAUGCAGAUAUCAUCUAAACGACAACAGCUGUAUGUGAGCUCGGACACAGGUGUGGUUCAGCUGCCUCUGCACCGCUGCAGUGUGUAUGGGAAAGCGUGUGCAGAGUGCUGUUUGGCACGUGACCCUUACUGUGCAUGGGACGGGAACACCUGCACCAGAUACCUACCCAAUACCAAGAGGCGGUUUCGGCGACAGGAUGUGAGAAAUGGGGACCCUAACACACUCUGCUCAGGAGACCACAACAAGCAGCGCGUCCUGGAGAAGAAACUGUAUGGGGUGGAGGACAGCAGCUCGUUUCUGGAGUGCAUCCCCAAAUCCCUGCAAGCCAAGGUCACAUGGACCUUCCAGAGGCAUCCCAACAGCCCGCGUGAAGAGGUCCGUCUGGACGAGCGUGUCAUGCAGCUGGACAGGGGCUUGCUGCUGAGGAGUGUCCACCGACGGGACGCGGGCGUCUACCAGUGCCACGCCACCGAGCACGACUUCACCCAGACCCUGCUGCACCUCACCCUGGAUGUGGUGCCCUCCGCCACCCUCAACCCCCGCUCCGUGCCGCCCAAUCAGAAGCCAUGGUACCGGGACUUCCUGCAGCUGCUGGACCAACCCAACAUGAGCGCGGUGGAUCAGGUGUGCCAGCAGGUGUGGUCGCGUAAGCACCCCAGCCAAUCAGGGAAGAGCAUUCCCAGUCCAGCGAAAGUGGCGCCCCCUUUUGAGAAAAAGAGCAGCGUCCAGAAAGUGUGGAAGAUGAAGAAGGGCCGGAGCCGAAGAACCCACGACAGACACUCCCCCAGAGCGCCUCGCAGCGCUGGAGAAUAGCGAGGGAGAGAGAAAGGGAGAGAGAUGGAGAGAAAGAGAGAGAGAGAGAGAGAGAGAGAGGGGGGAGAGAGAGAGAGAGAGAGAGAGAGAGAGAGACUACACCUAAAUACACAGAGUAAGCACAGUCACAUUGAUCAGCAUGGAUCAAUUCAUCACCAAUUCACCAUCCUCCUGAAGCCAAUCUGAUCAUUCGGUCACUUGGCACAAACACAUGCAAACACAAAACACACACACACACAUACAAACGCACACAAGGUUUUCAUGGAAUUUUUCUGGAACUAUAGAACAGUGAAACUGGAAAAUGCUCUGACUCAUAUGCACACCCCUCGCCCCAGACACACACACACACACACACUAACCCUGAGACUAGCAGAGAGACGGACAUGCACAAUGCUAUCCUUAUGAUUGGGAGACAACACUGGUCCAGAGGGAGCGUGGACAUGGCAGUGACCUCACUCUGGACUGCAAAUGAGAGCACUAGAGGAUUCUACACUUCAUGUGACCCCUCCAUCUCCAGUGAAGCCCAGCGGAACUAUUUGACCGCACAAACUGUGCACCAGCGUGGAGAAUACACGUGCAUGAGCACAGCGACCACUUACACUCUCACACACGCUCACAGAAAAACACACACACACACACACACGCACAUGGCAAACAUUCACACAUACAAAGAUAUCUACACACAUUUGGUUUCCUUUUUCUCACAUAAAGUUCAGAAGAAGCAUGAGCUAUGUAGGCCCGUAGAUCAUCAUCAUACUUACACAAGGAACCUUCCUUCAAACGCACACAUGACAUUAGUUAGUACACAUGUAUGCAUACUUUCAGUGUUUUCAAUAUAGUCUAUGUGUGUGCUGUGGUUUGUGGUAGAGUUAGACUUUGAUAUACUGCCUUUUUUGCAGAAAACCACUGAUGGCAUUCCAAACCAUACUGGGCACGCUCACAACUAGCCAAUCAACAUCAGCACAAAGCUGUAAGAUUAGAUACUCAACUCUAUGGUACAGAACAUGGGAGAGGGCUCUCUAUCUCUUGGUACAGAUGGUCAGAUAGAAGACAUAAUGUUUAUUUAGUUGUUUAUUUAAAAAGAUUUGUUGGAGUUGUUUAUAUUUGUUUGAGUAUGACGUGUGUUGUGUGCUGGGGCUAAAGUUUCGCUGCUUGUCUGAGCUGAUCCUGAGCCUGUGUCCUGCCUGUUUACAAGACCAAAACAACCCCAACGCGUCCACAUCAGAGGCACCACAGAGAUCACGCUUCUCCACUCAAACACUACCACAGCACACUGACAGCAUGAGCUCUCACAGGAGAGAAUGACAUCGCAAAAUAACCUCAGAACAACUGGGGUGCAGCAGCAUUACGAUCACUACACAAAUACAACACACACACAUAUACACACACAGAGGCACACGCAAACAUACGCACACACACGCACACACACACACACACACACGCACACAGAUGUAAUACACAUCUGUAGUCGACCAGGCAGAAUCAGGAUCUUGAGGAGAGGCUUAGAGAAUCAACAAGGAGGCUGCCAGUCUGCACACAACAUCAACCCACCGGUGCAUUGGGGCUUGAGAAGCAAUAACUGGAAUUUUGAGGGUUCAGUGUUUGAAUUUAUUUAAGAAUACGGCUUUUACGACUUUACGACUUUAUUUAACUCGACCCCUCACUUUCAAAUGAUUUUACCAGUGAGAUGGGUUCCGUGAGAGAUUUGGACCAUAAUCUCUUUGUAUGCAGUUUCAACUACAGUUCAAUCCAAAGAUCCAUGAGAACACACUCUGUGCCAAACACAUUAUAUAGACAUUAGAAUUAGUUUGGGUCUCUCUGUGUUUGUUUGGACUGUUAAUAAGUAACUUAUAAACCUGUUAUAAAACACUAUUCUGUCAUCUGAAUCUGUCAUUUAAAAAAUGGAGAAAUGGAGCAGCAUCUAGAAAUGCUAUUCAGACUGCAUAGUUCAAUAAUUCAAGGAGAAAUGUGAUAUCCUUACACUUCAAAAUAGAAAAAAUAAACAAAACAUAAUCUCUACUGCCCUAACAAAAACUUUCAGAAACAAAGUUUUAAUUUAAUAAAUAUUCAACUAUUUGUUGUGUAGGAUUUCUUUGCUAACUGUAUGUAAAGCAAAUGUGAUACUGAUAUCUCAAUGAGUGAUGUGUCAUUUAUUUAAAAGUUGAGUCUGAUGCUUUUGAAGGGUUCCAAAAGGCAAAACAUAUUUCCUUCUCUGUUAAAGUAAAUAUCAAUAUUAUCCUUAUAAUAUUAUUUUUUAUUCACAAAGACACUACUUCCAUCAUCAUGGUCAACUGAGCUUCAGAUAUCUGAACCUGUGAGAAGCUCUAAUUCUAUGGACAAAGUAAAGCCAGUACGGAAUCCAGCAUGCGCAGUAGAAUGCAUAGAGCUCUGGGAGCCUGAACUCAAGGCUGGGGUGAUAGUGCCAUCUAGUGGCCACUCAGUGUACAGUACCAGCCAGGCUCGCGUUGUGGUUGUAAAUAGCGUUGUGACUGUGUGUAUUUCUUGUCUGCUAGGCUGUGGACGUGUUUGAGGCAUUUGCAGGUCAAUGAAGGCAAACGAGACGCCAGGCUUUCCAUGAUUUCAGACAUGACUAAGCGUUCUGACAAUGAGAUGGACAAGUCCCUGCAUGGAACAGCACAAUAUUCACAGAGUACCUAUUGCCUAUUCCCAGUGUAUAACCUGAUAAGCUAAUCAAUUGUGGUGAGUGUAUUUGUAGACAUAGGGUUGACUAGGUUUUUACCCUCCCCUGUUUUUUGGUAUUUUGAGAAAAUGUUUGUAUAUUUUGGACUUGACAAGUUGCUGUUGCACACAGAAGGCCGACUAGUGACAGCACAUUUCUCUGUUCCUGUCUUCUGUAAACGCCAGCCAACGACUCUAUUCAUUCUGUGGUUUGUGAUGCAUCUCCGUUGUUAACAUGAGAAUGAGCAUGUGCAAGCAUAUACAGUAUAUACUUGUGUGUGUGUGUGUGUGUGUGUGUGUGUGUGUGUGUGUGUGUGUGUGUGUGUGCGUGUGUGUGUGUGUGUGUGUUUGUGUGUGUGUGUGAAGAGAGGAAUCAUUCUGUAGACUUGUUAGAAGGGAAAUGCCAAAGGUGAAGUGGAACACUGUAUGUCUUCUCCAGCUGUUGGUGGAUUAAUAUAUCAGACUCUGAUUAACUCAAUAAAAUAUCAUGUUACUUACCAAUCCUAAGUGUAGUUGUGCCAAUAAACAUCAUAAUACAGCACUUGCAUGUGACUGAG